GAGCCUUUUGUUUUACACGGAACCUGUUUAUCGUUGAACCAUUUCUGUUGCGACGGUAAAAUAUGUCCGACGGAGAAAUGAAACCAUUUAAUCGAAGUUUUGCUGCUAGUUAACUUUUAAACGUGAAUACAGUGCUGUAUACAUAGCUUUAUGUGCUCAAUGUCGAACUAAUGUCCAAAAUGAACUUUAAAAUCGCGUUCUUGAUAUCUGCGGUGUUUUUACUGGCAGAGGCGGAAGCAGAUGAGAUGCUGAGUAUACCAGGAGGAAAGAUGACUAUGGGAACCAGUGCAGCUGACGGGAGAGAUGGAGAGGGCCCCACCAAGGAGGUUGAACUGCAGCCUUUUGAAAUAGACAAAUACCCUGUCACAAAUGGCGAUUUCAGAGACUUUGUGAGAGCGCAGAAGUACAAAACGGAAGCUGAGACGUUUGGUUGGAGUUUUGUGUUUCAGGAUUUUGUGUCAGAAGAGCUGAAGAGCAAAGUCACACAGAGAAUUGAGUCUGCUCCUUGGUGGUUGCCUAUAGAACGGGUGUUUUGGAGACAGCCUGCAGGACCUGGUUCCAGCAUUCGGGAACGCCUGAGCUUCCCGGUGGUUCAGGUGAGCUGGAAUGACGCUCAGGCCUUCUGCCGGGGGAAGGGCAAGAGACUGCCUACUGAGGAGGAGUGGGAGUGGGCUGCACGAGGCGGGCUGCAAGGUCGGACUUAUCCGUGGGGAAACAAGUUCCAGGCCAACAGAACCAACCUGUGGCAGGGAUCGUUUCCAGAUGAAGACACUGCAGAGGAUGGAUACCAUGGUGUAUCUCCUGUCACAGCAUUUCCUCCUCAGAACAGUUAUGGACUGUAUGACAUGAUGGGAAACACAUGGGAAUGGACAUCCACACCCUUCCCAGCAGCCCAACCAACGUAUGUGCUGCGUGGUGGCUCCUGGAUUGACACAGUGGAUGGUUCAGCCAAUCAUAAGGCACGAAUCACAACCAGGAUGGGCAACACUCCUGACUCUGCCUCCGAUAACCUGGGAUUCAGGUGUGCUGCCGGCGAUGGACAGAUACAAGGGAAGACAAAAGACAAAACUGAACUGUAGCACCAAACUGGAAGUUAAAAUAAUAAUGAUCUUUUGAACCGAACAAAGAACAAGAAAAAAAGCAAAGGACCAAUUAAGUAUCAAUGACUAACAAUGAGUUUUAAUGAAUAAUGAUGGUGACAGAAAGAUGCGAGGGUAGAAACAAAC